AUUUAAUGUACAGAAAUAUGAAUUGUUAAUCCAAAAUGAACAAAAUAAGAUCAUUCGUUGAUGUAAAAAAAGGUAGGAUUCCUACAAUAAAACCUGUAUCCCGCAACAAAUCAGGACGCCGUCAAAAAUACCCCUCCAUAAUGAUAAGGGAAAUCCAAGAAGAAGAUAAUGUUCAUGUAUGUAAAUUGCUAUUUGAACACUUCAGAUCACUGACCCUUCCCGCUAUUAUGUACUGGCUUGUUCAGCACGUGUAUGACCUAAUCGCAAUCGUUCUAAUAAACGCAUGUUUACUAUCAAUUUACAAUUUAUUUUACUUUUGUCUACUUUUUCUGAUUUAUUUAUUCGUCAGAGCUAGGUACGAAAUUGAAAAACAUAUAAAAGAGUCCUGCCCAGACCUGGUUGACGUACAUAAAACCUAUCGUAGUCAUAAAGCCUCUAAUUUUUGGGUUGCCUAUGUCUCAGGAGAUCAACAGGGAGAUUCACCCGAUGAAAAGGGAGAUAAAACUACUGAAGAAUCAAAAAAUGACGAUCCCAACAAGCCAGAAUCAAGUUCUAAAAACAGCUCUGCCGAGAAGCUUGAGAAAAUGAACCACGUAGAUGAAGUAAAUGACCUGAACUUUAGCCAGAAAUGCAAAGCAAAUGAAAUUCUUGGGUGCGUUGGAAUUACACCUUACAGAAAUAAUCCAAACGUUGGACAAAUGGUCAGGCUUGUGGUAACAAGGAAGAGAAGGAAUAUGAGAGUGGGAUCAAGGCUCCUGGAUUAUUUGGAGAAAAAAGCGAUGGAAAUGGGCUAUAAUGAGAUAAGAGUUUUUACAAAUAACUUAAACACUGCGUACCUGCAAUUCCUGAAACAGCACAGUUUUCAGAUUAUUCAGGUAGUGAGAAGAGGGCUCAUGAGAGGAGAUCUCAUUAUCUGGAACAAGGUUUUGAACCAAGUCGACCACCCUAAACAAGACGAUGCCUCUCCGACCUUCGGUAAUGCCAUGUUUAUCCCGGACUAAAUGUGGGCGUAGUUACACAUUUUUUUCUUUCAUUUACAUUUUUUUGAUCACAUUAAAUGUAUAAUAUCCAUUAUCGCAGUGA